AUGGAGAGAUGGAGAAGUACCACUAGGAGGCGACAUUACAAUGUUAGGUAUCCACUCUCACUAUGGCACAUAGAUGGGAACCAUAAGCUGAUAAGGUACUGAUAAAGAUACCUGUUGUACAGUGUACAUUGUCAUAGUUUCCCCUGGUGAUCUUGUGCGUGGGUCCAAGUUAAACACAAUCAAAAUUCUGCUACUGGAUACCUCCUGUAAACAUACACACCUUGAAUGAACCAAAAAGAAAACACUAAACUGUGGCCACAACACCAGCUAAUGCAAGACUUUUUAAACUGUGUUUUAGCUACAGUUGAAGACAUUGAUCAUGAUUGAUAACUGUUUCCCUGUCCCCAUCUUUUUUAACCGCUUGCAGGUAACACCAAACAUGAUAAGGUUGCCCUAACAGGAGCUUUUAUUUUUUGUUUGUCACUCUUGUAUGUAAAUUAAGGGGUUUUUUUAACAGAUGGAGAAUUGUUAUACAUGGAGGAAUCGAUGGCUUUUCUCGAAUCCCAGUCUAUUUGAAGGCCUCAAAUGACAACAAGGCAAGCACUGUUCUUUCAUGUUUUCGUGAAGCUGUGUCAGAGUACGGCCUUCCAUCUCGGGUCCGCUCUGACAAAGGAGGGGAGAACGUAGAUGUAGCAACCUAUAUGCUUACUCACAUCCAGCGAGGGCCAGGCAGGGGAAGUAUGAUAACAGGUACAGAGUACUGCAUCAUUAUUACUUAGGUUAGACUAUGAGCAGUCCCCAUUUUUCCUCAGGGAUAGUAGAACGCAUCUCCCCGCCGCGUCUCUCCUUUCUCGCGUGGGAUGAUUUUUAUGAUGCACGGUUUCACUCAAUCUACUAUCCGUUAAGAAAAAUGGGGACUACUUGUAAUCUAUCUUUCCUUAGCUAGAUGACCUUUCCUGGGUUUGUAAUAGAUGGGAUCUUGAAUUCAGGCUAUACUUUAAGAUCCUGAAUAGGUUUUAACAAAGGAUGCUACAUUUUAUAUAAUGAAAUAGGUACUUAUGGGAUCAUGAACUAAUCUUGAGGAUUUCUAGGCAAGGAGAAAUGAUGCUGUAUGAAUAGCAUUAUAUUACUAUUAAUAACUCACAAGUUUCAUUAAAUUAGUUUAAGGGGAACUGUUUUCAUGAAUGCUUGUGUGUGUUGUUAAGAAUGAGCAUGGUGAUUGCCAUGCUCCCAAAUCCGGUUGUGACUUGUUUUAAGUAUGAUGGUAAUUAAAGAAACUAUUAAGCCCGGAAGGAAUCAAGAGACUAUUAAACAAUUCUUUCUUUUCUCCUUUUCUUUCCUUUUUUUUUUUUUAAGCAGGGCGGGGGGGGGGGAGUAUUUGACACCAAUUGUUAGAUAAUGUUUAACAGAUAAUUAAGUAAACUAAAAUUUUAUUAAUCUAUAAAAUUAUAUUCUUUGCAAUCACUAGGAAAGAGCACACACAAUCAAAGGAUUGAACGACUUUGGAGAGACUUAUAUGGGGGCUGCCUUAGCCUCUUCUAUGAACUCUUCUAUACCCUAGAAAACCAGGAUGUGUUAAAUGCAGAUGAUGAUUGUCACCUCUGGUGCCUACACUACGUGUUCGUGCCUAUCAUCAACAGACAUCUGAGUAAUUGGAAAGACGCAUGGGUUCACCAUCCAUUACGUACAGAAAGAAACAGAACGCCCAUGCAGUUAUGGAUUAGUGGACUGCAAGAGGCAUGGGGAUUUCUUGGUCCUGAAGGUGAAGUGUUCCAGGUAUGUAACAUGUUUGGUUUCAUUUAAUCAGCAUUACUUGUGUCAAAUGUAAUAACUAAAAAUUAUGAUCACCAAUCUCUAUCCUCAGGCCAGCAUUGCAAGAAAUUGGGGGUUAAUGCUUUGGCAGCACAUAUGUAACAAAUUGCUUACAAUAAUCCUUUUUUUUUUUAGGGCGAUUAUAGCAACUAUGGGAUUGAUUGGCAAGGUCCCGUCCCAGAACAAUGCCCUGAUUAUGUUGAAGUUCCGGACACAAACUGCCCAUUCACUGAGGAGGAAAUGCAUCUCCUACCUGUAACAGACAAUUUAACAUAUUUAGAGGGGGUUGAAGUAUUCAACCAAAUCACCAACUUACUGUAA